AUGACGGAAUGUGUUCCUGUACCAAGCUCUGAACACGUUGCCGAAAUUGUAGGUCGACAAGGACGCAAGGAGGAUGUGAACAAGGCUAAACGUGAAAUACUCUCAGCAGCGGAUCAUUUUAGUUUAAUUCGGGCGUCGCGCAAGCCCUCGAUGGAAGGUUCAAAUAGUAGCAGCACCGCUCUAACGGAAAAUAGUACAACGUGCUUGUCCUUAAAUAGUUGCAUCGGUAUUGUUGCUCGCACAACCCAGACGGGUCCACCAUGUUUACCAGGCCAGAUUACCAUACAGGUUCGCGUACCAUAUAGAGUGGUGGGCUUGGUGGUUGGACCUAAAGGUGCAACCAUCAAGCAUAUACAACAGGAGACACAAACAUAUAUUGUCACGCCGUCAAGGGAAAAAGAGCCGAUAUUUGAGGUAACCGGACUGCCCGAGAAUGUCGAAACGGCACGCAAGCAAAUUGAGGCGCACAUUGCAUUAAGGACGGGUAACAACAGUACACAGGGCAGUGAAAAUGAUUUGUUGGUCGAUGAGGAUGCCCGCGCCGAGUCCAUGACGACAACGCGACGAAUUUCGUCCGAGCAAGUCGCCAUCUGGAGGAGCUAA